CCCCAUCAAUCAACCACCCACUACAAUCUAAUCGUUUGCAUCCCUCCAAACAAACCCCACCCCCCUCCACCCCCACCUCGCAUUGAAACACCUCUCCACUCCACGCAACCAUCAUCACCACUACUCCCAUCCAGCCUGUGUAGUAACAUCAUGUCGACUGCCUUGAGUCGCCUCCUCCGCCCGGUGGCCCGCCUGCAGGUCGUCGCCACACGCGCCGUCAGCCUCCGCCCCCAUGUCGCCGUGAUUCCCAUGGGUAUCCGAGGCAAAGCCACCGCUGCGGCCACGGUCCCCACAAAGGCCCCGGCGAAGGCCACCACCGCCGCCGCCGCCCCCAAGGGGAAGAAGGCCUCUGCGGCGACCACCACCGCCGCCGCAAAGAAGCCCGCCGCAAAGAAGCCCGCCGCAGCCGCCGCCGCAAAGAAGACGCCAGCUGCUGCUACUAAGAAACUCACCGACAAGAAAGUGGUCAAGAAGGCUGCGGUCAAGAAGGAGAAGAAGGUGUUGACUCCGGAGCAGAAGGAGGCGAAGAGGCUGCGGGCCGCUGAGCUCCGUGCCGUUGAUAAGAGGAGGGAAAUGAAGGAGAUUGCUCUCAAGCCCCCGGGCAAGCCUGUCAGCCGCAUGUCGCCGUUCAACAUCUACAUCUCGCAGCAUAUGGCGACUCCAGGAAGGUCUCUGAUCAGCAAGGACACUGCCGACACCUACGCCAAGCUCCCCGAGGCAGAGAAGGCUAGAUACGCUGAGCUCGCCAGGGCCAAGACCGAAGCCCAGAAGGCCACCUACGCCGCUUUCGUCGAGUCCCACUCGGCCGAGGAGAUCCAGAAGGCCAAUGCCGCUCGCCGCUGGCUCAAGAGGAACAACGUCCGUGGAUACAACGACCUGAUUGUGGACCACAGGACCCCCAAGAGGCCCGCUGGUGCUUUCUUGACCUUCUACCGGACCAAGUUCAACUCGCUGGAGGGAGACAAGAUUGGCGAGAAGGCCAAGGCAGCUGGAAAGCAGUGGGCAAGCAUGACCGAUGUUGAGAAGAAGCCAUAUGCCGAUCUGGCACUCUCCAACCUCCAGAAGUACGACACCGAAAGGGCUGCCUAUGAGAAGAUCUAGACCCCUCUCGAUCUCGAUCCCCCAUCCAGAAUUCAUAUCUUGCACCUUUUAGUUCUAGCACGGCGGAUGUGUUUCUUUGACGGCUGAUGUCCUUCGUUGUCGAUCUGCUAUCGGCGGGGUUUUGUCUAUCACUUGUCUUUGCAGUCACUAUUGUCGAGGGAUGGGAGAGAUGCGAAGGAAGGGGAAAGAUGCAGAUCCCAAGAUUGUGCCUGAAUUUUGUAAAGUACCAUUAGUAGCCAUGAGAGAUUUGCAUUGGUUUGAAAGUGAAGU